ACCUUAGUCCUCUUCUUUGCUACUACACACUUAUAAUUACAUGCGCCUCUACUUUACAACUCCCAUAUCACAAUUCGAAUACAUUUUUUUUCCAAUAAUUAAUAAUGGCUCGAUCUAAACGCAAGGGAUUUCGCAAAGGCGGGGGAAAUCGUGCCCCUCGCGACGGUCCUCCGCAGUAUCGAUCCUUCAGCGAGAUCAUCAAGGAAAACCAAAAUCUCGAAAAGUUUUACAAUUCAGUUCUCCCAUUAGAUGAUGACGAAAGAACCGAGUUCUGGGAUGCUUUAAAGAGGGAACUUCCCAAUUCCUUCCGUUUCUGCGGAUCCAAAGGCCAUGCGCUUGCCGUCAAGCGAUUAUUAGAAACGAGAUAUGCGCCCAACAUCGUCACCAUUGAACGCCAUGAUGGUGAGCCCGUUGAGGCUCCUCAGCCAGUACCUUGGUACCCCGACCAACUAGCAUACUCUAUGAACACCCCGAAACAUGUUAUUCGCAAGUUCCCUCCCUUUGCUGCUUUUCAGAAGUUCCUAGUUUCUGAAACGAGCGUUGGCAACAUUAGCCGACAGGAGGUUGUCAGCAUGAUCCCGCCACUCCUCAUGGAUGUCGAGCCCGGGAUGACGGUGUUAGAUCUAUGCGCAGCACCCGGCAGCAAAGCCGCUCAACUACUUGAGAUGGUCCAUCGCGGAGAGGAGACAAGAAUCCGCAAGUUUAUGCAGUCCUUCGGCGAGACUAAACCGCAAGAUGGCGGUGACGAAGAAGUUGAUCUUUCGGUAGAUACCGGCGAUGAUGGUCGCGCCACGGGCUUGCUCGUUGCUAACGACGCAGAUUAUAAGAGGAGUCACAUGCUUGUUCACCAACUUAAGCGACUAUCUUCCCCGAACCUUCUCGUCACAAAUCACGAUGCAACUCUCUACCCGGCCAUAAAACUGCCUCAGAAUCCCGAUCAGCCUAAUAGAGGCCAAUACCUACGAUUUGAUAGGAUACUGGCAGAUGUUCCAUGCUCCGGAGAUGGGACAUUGAGGAAGAAUAUCAACCUCUGGAAAGACUGGCAACCGGGAAACGCGCUGGGAUUACAUGCUACCCAAGUUCGAAUCCUAGUUCGCGCUCUACAAAUGUUGAAAGUUGGUGGCAGAGUUGUCUACUCGACUUGUAGUAUGAACCCGGUUGAAAAUGAAGCCGUGGUUGUGUCCGCAAUCGAACGGUGUGGAGGUCCCGAUAAGAUUGAGAUCAUUGACUGCAAGGAUAGACUUCCACUGUUGAAGAGAAAACCAGGAAUGCAUCAAUGGCAAAUCAUGGACAAGUCAGGUCGCGUCUGGAAUAAUUGGGAGGAAGUUCAGCAAUAUUUCUUGACGACUGAGGGACAUACGCCUGGCAAGCUCUCUGAAACUAUGUUUCCCAGACCAGAUACUAGCGACUGCUCAUCGCUUCCCUUGGACCGAUGCAUGCGAGUGUAUGCUCACCAGCAAGAUACUGGAGGAUUUUUCAUUACCGUGUUAGAGAAGAAGAAUGACUUCAAAGCUAAGCCUGAAUCGAGAUCGCGGCCUCCUGCCAACACCACCGGCCCCAAGGACACCGAAACGGCAGAGCUAGAGGUUAAAAUGGAUAUAGAAGAAGAGAAAGCCGCUCUGGGUGAGCCGACUGAUGUUCUUCCCACCGUGGGAGCUAAGCGGAGCCUGGAUGACCAAGAGGCUGAGACGAAGCGAGACACCAAAAAACAGAAAACUGAAUCACCUAGAGACACACCCGAGGCUCAACCUGGAGUUUUUGCCGAAACUGUCAAUGAAACCGAAAAGGUCACUGAGGAACCUAAAGCAGAGGAAACCCAGCCAGUGGCCGAAAGUACUCCCAAGAACAAUUCUCAAUCUGACCGAAAAGUCAAAUCAGACGGUAACCACGAAGAACCUUUCAAGUACUUACCGCUAGAACACCCUGUUAUUGAAAACAUCAAAAAGUUCUAUAAAAUAUCGGACCGCUUCCCUUCGGACCGAUACAUGGUACGAAAUGCGACAGGUGAGCCAGCGAAGGCUAUUUACUACACUAGCGCACUCCUCAGGGAUAUUCUGGUUGAGAAUGAAGGCCGUGGCGUCAAGUUUGUCCACGGAGGCGUGAAAAUGUUUAUGAAACAAGACGCGCCAUCCGCGGAGGUCUGUAGAUGGAGAAUACAGUCAGAAGGCAUGCCUAUUAUCGCAGGAUACGUCGGGCCGGAACGAGUCAUCCGCCUCACACAGAAGGAAACUUUCCAUAAACUUCUCAAGGAGAUGUUCCCCAAGUUCAUUGAUGAAGACUGGAGAAAACUCAACGAAAUUGGUGAACGGGCUAAGGACAUUGGCAUGGGCUGCUGUCUACUCGUCAUCGAACCAGACGGAAGCGACCCAGACUUUGCAGAGCGUAUGGUGCUUCCGCUGUGGAAGAGCUUCCACUCGUUGAACCUGAUGCUGCCGAAGGAGGAUCGAUCCGCAAUGUUGCUACGUGUCUUCAACGAUACUUCGCCGGUGAUCAACCAGACUCUCAAGGAGACGGCCAAGAAGGCAGCCGAAGCGGCAGCUGAAGCUGAGGCUGAGGCUGAAACCGAAGCCAAGGAUGAGGUUUUGGAAGAUGCCGCCGCGAUCGAGGAGCCGGAUGCGGAAAACGGCACAGCUGAGAAGCCUAUCGAGGUCAUGGACACGGACGACGUAGAGGAAUGAAGUAAUGAAUCAAAUUCCAGAGAGGCUGUUUAGGCUGGAUGAGAGGUAUCUACCUAGGUACCUAGCUACCGAAUGUAGCCAGCCUGUUCAAAGGGAAGCAUAAUUGGUUGGUUUAUCGUGCCUUGCCCAAAAGGAGAGGAAGAAGAAUAUUUAACAGAAUGUUGACCACGGUCCGGGACUUUUAAAAGGCUACCUACCUACCUACCUACCUACUUAGUACAUAUUUAGUUAUAUAGGUACAUAUCAAAGAAACGACAAGAUGGCUUGGGAUUUUUAUUUUUAUUUUUUACCAAAAAAGAAAGAAAUAAGGGGGAUUCGGUAGCGUCUAUAAAAUUUGUUUAAUAGGUAGGUAGUAUAGGUAAA